CUUUCUCAAUAAAUUCAAUUCCGUUCAAUACCUUUCCAUCAGCAUCAUAUGCAUAUCUUCAUCACCCCACAAUCCCCGCCAACAUAUUACACCCAACACAAUUCUUCUUCUUCUUCUUCUUCUUCUUCACUCUCAAUUCUAUUUCUCCCUGAUUCAACACUCUUUUCACCACCCCUUUAACCUUUACUUCAAGAAUGAGAAACAUUACACUAUAAAUUCCUCUUAAUAUGUUGCUUUCCUUCAAAUCCCACUUUAGUUUCAUUGGCCACAUGUUUCCAGCUGAUUUGGUUCAGCGAAAUAUGAUGAAUGUUUGCUGCUUUAUAUGGGUUUUUGUUGUCAGCUCAUUCAGGCAUUUGAUCAAACACCUGGUGGGGACACAGAUGGAUGAUAAUCAUGUGGGAAUUUCGGGUACAAAUGUCGGUUUCAUUGAUCAAAAAGAGAGGAUUGAUCAAAGUUCAAGCGGGUCAAAUUCUUCGACAUUUGAUGGGUUUGGUGGAGAGGAGAAAUCUGAGUUUGCUUUCGGGUUUCGGUUUCAGAUGAAGGAAGAAGAUUUGAUUGGUUAUAGAGGUAUCCCUGAGGGAAAACUAGAGAAAACAGAGGAUGUUUUCAUGGAAAAUGGGUUGUCGAGUAACACGAGUAUGACGACUACUAGUAAGUACCAAUUCGUGUCGGUUCAAGAUUUCGGUGGGUUUGUUGUAGAACCUGAAUCUGCUAGCUUUACUGUACAUGAAAUGUUUGUAGAACCUCCAAUUGAAGAUACUUUCAUCAUUAAAAAUAAUGGGACAAUUCAAGAUUUAGAAAAAGUUAUUGAUUUCAUGAAAGAUGAACAAAAAGAAAUGAAUAAAAAUUCAAAUCUUUCAUCGUAUGAAAAAGUUGAUGACUUUAUGGAAUCAGAGGUUUCUUUAUAUCAAAUCCCACAAAGGGUCGAUCUUUCUGCUAAAGAUUCAAUCAUUUUCGACAAAAAAUCCGAUGAAUCUGUUACAGAUGCUUCGUGUUGCGACGAAGUCCAAGAUUUACUUGAGAAAAGUGAGUUAAAUUUGGGUAAAAAUGAAGUCUCGAAGACUGAUCAGGCUAAUAAUUGGUUGGGAGACUUUUUCAUGAGAAAUGAUAGUUUCGGUUAUGAAUUCGAUUCUUUCGAUCAUCAUCAGCUGGAAUCCGAUGAUUCCGCUGAUCAAUCUUUAGCAGUUAGUCCUCACGACAUCGAUUCUGUCAUCGAACCGUUUGAACAAGAGUCCGAAAGUUCAUCCCCAUCUGUUACAGAAGAGAUUAUCGAUGCCUGCAUUGAACCGGAACCCGAUGUUGAGGAAGAACAACAUAAUUCUGAAUCUGAUGACGAGAACGCAUUGGAAUCAGAAACCGAACUGAUGAAAGGUACCGAAUAUGAGGAAGAAAGUUACAUAAACUCAUGGGAAUAUGAUACGGACGACGAAGAAAAAGAAGAAGAAGAUGAUAUUUUGUUAGAGCAUCAAGAGUUAAUCGGUCAAAUGAAAAUGGAGCUAAAGAACACGAGAACCGGAGGUCUUCCCACUAUUCUCGAAGAAGUUGAAACCCCAAGAAUGAAAGAAGAUUAUAAACCUUUGAAAAUCAAUGAAAAGUUGGAGCAUAGAGAUCAAAUGGCUGAAAUUCAGAAGUUCUACAAAAGCUACAACGAGAAAAUGCGAAAAUUAGACGUCUUGAAUUACCAAACAUUGCAGGCCAUUAAUUUUCUAAGGAUGAAGCACCCAGAGCAGUUAAACACAGGAGAAAAUGCGUCACUUUCAGCGAUUAAAUCCGUUGUAUUUCCAAGUUUAUGGCCAUGCAAAUUAAGACGAAUAUACGCAGACCCGACGCUUAAAUCCGUCACUGAGUUGCAUAAAGAUUUGGAAAUUGUAUAUGUUGGACAAGCUUGUCUUUCAUGGGAGAUUCUUCAUUGGCAAUACAAAAAAGCGAAAGAAUUACAGCUUUAUGACCCGCAAGGGUAUCGAUCUUAUAACCAAACUGCCAUUGAGUUUCAACAGUUUCAUGUUCUGCUUAAAAGGUUCACUGAAGAUGAACUGUUUCAAGGGCCGAGGGUUCAAAAUUACACCAAGCAACGAUGUGCCGUUCGUGGUCUUCUUCAAGUUCCAGCUAUCAAAGAUGACAAUUUGAAAGAAAAGAAGGCAAGGAAGCAACAAGAAGAAGAUGCGGUUUCGAUAUCCGCAAUGGCCAAAAUAAUCAAAGAAUCGAUGACGGUUUUCUGGGAUUUUCUUCACACUGAUAAAGAUACUACCAAUCUGUUCUUAACCAUAAUCCUUCAAGGCAGUAAAGCGAAUCUCCAAGACCCUGCAGACGCUGACCUCUUUAUGCAAAUCAAAACAAUUUAUCAAAAGAAGGAGAAGAAGCUUAAAGACAUGCUAAGAACCGGAAACUGCAUAGUGAAAAGGUUUCAGAAGCAACAAGAAACGAUAUUGGAUCAACACAUGUUUGUUUCACAAGUUGAAUUAAGGUUGAUUUCGAGAGUUUUGAACUUGCCAAGGUUGACCAGAGAUCAACUGCUUUGGUGUCAUAGUAAGUUGAACAACAUAAUCUUUAUCGAUCGGAAAGUUCAAGUGGAAGAUAGUCUGUUUCUGAUUUUCCCAUGUUGAAAAGUAUAUAUUUGGGUCGAGUAAUGAGUAGAAUCUGCGAUAAUCCCGCUUCUUUAUCUUUGAUCCAUGGUUUUUUUUUUCAAAGGAAGAUGGAGAAGGAGUGGAUCCAGUAGUGAAUAUUAGUAAAAGGUAGAAAUUUUGUAAAAUUAUUUUAUGUAUGUUAUAUAUGGAAUUUGAAAUCUUCUUUUAAUGAAGCUUCAUUGUAAUGGUGUGUUAAUUUAUUAAAUAAA